AUGGCGGAGUACGAUAUCCGACAUCCCUCGCGUCGGUCCUCUUCUCGGACGUCCUCGUCUUCGCGGCAUAGCCAGAGGGCUAAGACUGUGCGUACGAUGUCUCAGAAACGUGUUUCCGCCUCGUCCAACACCACUACCGACCUGACAUCGUUCCCGUCGCUAUCCCCUGAUCGUUCGCCGGAAGGUUUUCAGGGUCACCCUGCGUUGAACAACGCCCUGUCGAACGCGUUGUUAGAUGGCGAUAAUGGAGAUACCACCAGAGACUCGAGUCGUGAUCGGAGAGCAGCCCUGGCGAAGCUUACUGGCAGUUUCCCGCAAACCUCUAAUCGUGCAGCGUUGUUUGGUGACUCGGUCCCAGUGCGCGACGUUCCGGGCGCGUUACACUUGGCGGACGACCCGCAUAUCGAGCGACUAAUUGCGAGCACGGGGGCAGUCAAGCUGGUUAGACAAUUUGCUCGCGACUUGGCUCAACGGGAUGCCGAGAUCUCGGCAUUGCGUCAACGUGCCGAUACGAGGGAGAGGGAGCUGAAGAGAAUGCUACGUGAGGGCUCGGUUUCGAAUCAAGACAUUGAGCGUCGGCUUUACGCGCUUGAGAAUUCCCCGAAUAGGGCGGACCAAGACCUGGACGAUGAUGGUAACAUGGAGCAAGCAGCCAAUCAUUCCCCUGGUGUCCAUGGGCUAAUGCAGCAAGCCUUGGCCGACGAAGUAGGGUCCCAUAAUGGUGACGAGGCUUUGGAUUCUGCUCCUCCGGCACAAGCCACCAUUCGUCCCCAGCAGCGUUUAGAGAGCGACGCUAGGUCCGGCACUUCAAGCACUGAUUCUGGAACUAAUCAAAAGAGACAGAGUUCUCGUAGCUGGCAAGAUUAUAUCUUUGGUAGCACCGCAGGCAGCCGAAAAACAAGUCGUGCAAGCAGCAUCAUGAGUGAAGUUGGGGAAGUUGAGGGGGAAACUCGACGGCAACAGAAUAUGAGCAACCCUUCAACUCGUCGCAAGGCUCUUGACGAACAGCUCUUCCAGCCACCUGACGGACAGUCUGCACUCGUGGUGGGGGAUGGGAAACGCUCUCUGGGUGCAAUAUCGAACGGCGAUGACAGUAGUAUUCAUUCCCGCAAGUCUUCCAAGUCUAUCGCGUCUUGGACAGUUAAGUUGUUUGCAGGAAAUCCCCAGGCCUGGAAGGAUGGAAAUGACACAGACAGUACUCGCUCUACAGCCUCGUCAAAUGCUCGGGGGAGAAGCAAGGUAGACCCGUCAACACUCCCGGCGAGUUCAAAAGGAGGCUUGUCGGCUGUGGCGGCAUUGAAACGAAUCAAUAGCAAUGCUAGCAUACAUGGUGCCCCUGGCCGAUUCUCAAAUGGGCUAGGUGGUAUGCCCAGGUCGAAUCAGGCUGGUCGGAGGAAUGCAGCCACAAGCGCUUCGAAUGGGUCAGGCGCUGAGAGUGCUGAUAAGAACGCAACUAAUCUCGGCCCUGUUGAGAUGGAUGCUAUCCUUCCGAUAGAGUCACGACCUCCGACUCUUUCUCACAUGUACAACAACUACCAGCCGGGAGAGCUUCUCACCGAUCGAUUCGGCUUCAUUUACGACCAACGUCGAAAGAAAAGACAGAGGGAGGCCAGCGUACUGAAGAACACUGGCAACCAGUUAAGCAUGGCAGAAACUCUUAACAGCUUCCGAAGUGAUAAUUCCGACGGCGAAGGUGCCGAUGAUGAUGAGAUCCAGAAUCCAAUGCACUCUGCUUCGGAGUCCAGGCGUUCCCCCAUUUCAGUUUCUCCCGAAGACCCAGAGGCUGGAGGUGUUGCCAUCUGGGGAUGGCAGGAUUACCUGAGAAUUGCCACAGGACCGGCCGAAUUAUUGUCACACACACCCUCUGCUGGCCCAAUUGUAUCGUUGACCACCGCCGGAGAAACUCCAUCUCGUAACUCCGGAGUAAGUCUCGAUAAACGCAGCUCUCUUUCUGUUAGCCAAAUUACCGAGCCAUCGGCAUCUACGUCUACGGUUGUUGCGGAUCGUCCCGAAUUUGCUGGUGUAUCCAGCGAUGAGCCGAUAGUUGCAACGAUAAAUGCGACGACAAAGGAGAACGAGCCUGUCAAACUGCUCCUUGAACAACUGACAGAACUCCAUGACUCCCUGCAGCGGGACAGAACAGUCAGAUGGAAUGAAUUCCUCCGCAAAGUGCGCGCAGAGCGUAGAAAAGAAGGAGAGGCGGCGGCGGCGGCAGCCGCCGCCUCUGAUCGUCAAUUGCAAUCUGUUAACAUGCCGGAGGCGUCUCUCACCGAUGGCGAAGUGGUGGGCAUAGCAGGAUUGGGGAACAAGGGCAAGGUUGGUCGUGCAAAGUGGCGCGAGUUCCGGUCUCUUGUCCUCGGUGGAAUCCCCGUUGCUCUCCGAGCUAAGAUUUGGUCUGAAUGCAGUGGCGCAACUUCUAUGCGGGUACCUGGCUACUAUGACGAUCUGGUGAGGGGAACAGGUGGAUGCGAUCCCGAUGCGUCGGUUGUGGCACAAAUUGAUAUGGAUAUCAACCGGACGCUGACCGAUAACGUGUUCUUCCGGAAGGGCCCAGGUGUUACCAAACUCAAGGAAGUUCUUGUUGCAUACUCCCGACGUAACCCGGAAGUUGGAUACUGUCAAGGCAUGAAUCUCAUUGCGGCGUCCUUACUUCUGAUCACACCUACCGCUGAAGAUGCCUUCUGGAUUUUGACGUCCAUGAUUGAGAUCAUUUUACCAGAGCACUAUUAUGACCAUGGCCUCCUAGCUUCUCGAGCCGAUCAAGUCGUGCUGCGCCAAUAUAUCUCUCAAGUCUUGCCCAAGUUGGCCAUGCACCUGGAUACCCUGGGGGUUGAACUGGAAGCGUUAACGUUUCAAUGGUUUUUAUCCGUAUUCACCGACUGUCUGUCCGCAGAGGCACUAUACCGUGUCUGGGAUGUCGUUCUCUGUCUCAAUGUCACCAGUGUAGUGAACAACUCUACCUCCAAUCCUCCAGCUCGAGACACCAACGACGCCAACCUUUCCACCGCGAACGAUCUGGCCUCGGGCAGUGGUGGUGGCAGCACAUUCCUUUUCCAAGUUGCUCUUGCACUCCUCAAACUCAACGAGCAGCAACUUCUCUCAACUUGCUCCACCCCCGCAGAGCUAUACACAUACAUCAACCACCAGAUGACCAAUCACGCAAUUAGCAUCGACGGACUCAUUCAAGCCAGCGAGGCACUGCGGAACGUGGUCCGUCGCGAGGAUGUAGUAGCUCGGAGAGCGGAAGCAUUACGAGAAAUGCAAGAAUUUGGAGGUUAUCAAUCAAAUGCGGACACCAAAUGA